AUGAUCCCCUGGCAGAAGGCGAUAUUACCACUCUGGCUGCUGUCAGCAACUGGUUGCUUUUGUUUGUUCGAUGCCGCCUCACUGUGUACACCCUUUCCGCACUUUGACACACACGAUCAUGUUGUGUGCCCCGCUGAUGCAUCUGACCCGAUCUGGGCAUCAAAAUCAUUGGAUCUCGGCUGGGUGAAGGGAGAUGCCUGCCAUGGCUUCGGCCGGGACGAGAUCUGCACCUUCACCCUUCCGAAGUUCAACCGCGGCACCGGUAUAGCCCUAAUCACCACAGAUGCAAUACUCGAAGACGUCUCGUCUUGGCUUCCCAUGCAGUCACCGGAUGCGAUGGCUGGGGGCCGGGCCGCUGUGCCUCCUUACGAGGCCAAAGAGAUACCGGGGAAAGGAGUUGGGUUGAUAGCCACCCGGAAAAUCAGGCAAGGAGAGCUGAUCAUUGCUCGCACUCCAACCGUUGUGGUGGAUGGGGCAGCCCUCAAAAGCUUGAGCACAUCCCAUCUCACACAGGCACUGGCUCAUGCGAUCCAGUCCCUGCCAUAUGACCACCGGGUCGAGUAUCUCCAGUUGACGACUCAUGACGAGGCGACGACAUAUGAAGAGAGAGUGUACAAAAUCUUCGCCAAAAAUAACUUCCGGACCAAGUUCAACAGGGGAAAGGACUUUCACUCCAUAUUUACGGAAGUGUCGCGACUCAACCAUGACUGUCGCCCUAACAGCGGAUACCAUUUUGACGGAUCGACCUUAACACAAAAGGUUUUUGCAGCCCGUGACAUACCUGUUGGGGAAGAGCUCAGUAUCGCCUAUUACGAUCCCAUCCAGAUCCGCACCAAGCGGCAGCACCAAUUACGGUCUCAUUGGGGGUUUGACUGCACCUGCGAGCACUGUAGUGCUGAUGCUGGCUUGGUGACGGAGUCAGACGAGAGAGUCGAGCAAAUUCAUUCCCUUUGGAGGGAUCUUGACGAUUAUACCCCGGCUUCGAGCGGCUCGGCAGAGAAGGCAGAGCGGCUCCUCGAGCUCUACAAGCUGGAGCGGCUGGAUACGCGCAUGCAUGAGGCACACUACCGCGCCGCAAUAGAGUGGAACGGUGCUGGGGAUCAGGCAGCAGCAGUGGAGGCGGCAAGAAGAUGUCUCGAAAGGGGAGAGCAGAUGCGAGGCCCAGAGGCGCCCUUUGCAAGAAACAUGAGAGAGUUGAUACAGGACCCACAGCGGCACUGGAGCUGGAGAUUCCGCUUGCCAACUGCCUCAGUACUCUAG